CCGCGGCACCAUGUCCCGCCGCAAGAUCUCGUCAGAGUCCUUCAGCUCGCUGGGCUCGGACUGCCCGGAGACGAGUCCCGAGGAGGAGGGCGAGUGUCCCCUGUCCCGCCUCUGCUGGAACGGCAGCCGCAGCCCCCCCGGCCCCGCCGACACCCCCUUCGCCGCCGCCGCCGCCGCGGCCAGCGCCGGGGCGCGCCGCGCUCCGCGCCGCCGGCGGGUCAACCUGGACUCGCUGGGCGAGAGCAUCCGCCGGCUGACGGCCCCCGCGCCUCAGACCAUUCGGCAGACUCUUCAAAAGACACUGCAGUAUUUUGAGCAUCAAGUUAUUGGGUACAGAGAUGCAGAGAAGAAUUUUCACAAUAUAUCAAACAGAUGCUCCUAUACAGACUGCUCUGGCAAUGAAGAAACUGAAGAUGUCUCAGGAAUUCUCCAGUGUACAGCUAAUGUACUUGGUCUGAAGUUUGAGGAAAUGCAAGAAAAGUUUGGGGAGGAAUUCUUCAAUAUCUGCUUUGACGAGAAUGAAAGAGUUCUUCGAGCUGUAGGUGGGACCCUUCAAGACUUCUUCAAUGGCUUUGAUGCUUUGCUGGAGCAUAUUAGAACUUCAUUUGGAAGACAGGCCACCCUGGAAUCUCCUUCUUUCCUAUGCAAAGAACUCCCUGAUGGCAAUCUCAUGCUUCAUUAUUUUCACCCACAUCAGAUUGUGGGAUUUGCAAUGACAGGAAUGAUAAAAGCAGCAGCAAAGAAGAUUUACCGCUUGGACGUAGAAGUAGAACAGGUCACAAAUGAUAAGUUGUGUUCAGAGGGGACAAACCCAGGUAACUGCAGUUGUUUGACUUUCCUUAUCAAAGAACAUGAAAAUGCAAAUACCACAAAAGCACUUCCACCUGGAACUUCCCAGUCCCCCUUAGACCUGAGGAUUAGUAUCAGCACCUUCUGCAGAGCUUUCCCCUUUCACCUGAUGUUUGAUCCAAACAUGCUGGUUCUCCAGCUUGGAGAAGGUCUUAGGAAGCAGCUCAGAUGUGACACUCAUAAAACCCUGAAAUUCCAAGACUGCUUUGACAUAGUCUCUCCUAAAAUCAGUGCCACAUUUGAACGAGUUCUCCUGAGGUUAUCUACACCCUUUGUCAUUCGGACCAAACUUGAGGAUUCUGACUCUGAAAGUAAAGAUAAGGUGAUGGAGAUUAAAGGACAAAUGAUUCACGUGCCAGAAUCAAACUCGAUAUUGUUCCUGGGUUCCCCCUGUGUGGACAAGCUGGAUGAGCUGAUGGGCCGAGGCCUCCAUCUUUCAGACAUACCUAUCCACGAUGCUACUCGUGAUGUCAUAUUGGUUGGGGAGCAAGCAAAGGCGCAGGAUGGCUUGAAAAAACGAAUGGAUAAGCUGAAGGCAACGCUAGAAUGUACACACCAAGCCCUGGAAGAGGAGAAGAAGAAGACAGUAGAUCUCCUUAUUUCUAUUUUCCCUGAAGAGGUGGCCCAGCAGCUGUGGCAGGGGCAGCAGGUCCAGGCCAGGAAGUUUGAUGAUGUCACCAUGCUCUUCUCGGACAUUGUUGGCUUCACUGCCAUCUGUGCUCAGUGCACGCCCAUGCAGGUCAUCAGCAUGCUCAACGAGCUCUACACACGCUUCGACCACCAGUGUGGAUUCCUUGACAUCUACAAGGUGGAAACAAUAGGUGACGCGUACUGUGUUGCAGCAGGGCUCCAUAAGAAAAGCCUUAGUCAUGCCAAAGCCAUUGCCCUGAUGGCACUGAAGAUGAUGGAGCUUUCAGAAGAGGUUCUUACUCCAGAUGGAAGCCCUAUUAAGAUGAGGAUAGGCAUUCACUCAGGGUCAGUGCUGGCCGGCGUGGUUGGUGUGAGGAUGCCGCGCUAUUGCCUCUUCGGGAACAACGUCACCCUCGCCAGCAAGUUCGAGUCAGGAAGUCACCCACGCCGCAUCAAUGUCAGUCCCACCACUUACCAGCUCUUGAAAAAGGAAGAAAAUUUUAUUUUUAUCCCUCGUUCCCGUGAAGAGCUUCCAGAAAACUUUCCAAAGGAAAUUCCUGGGAUCUGUUACUUCCUGGAGGUCAGAAGUGGUCAGAAGCCGCCAAAACCUUCCGUGACAUCUGCCAGAGUGAGGAAGGUGUCUUACAACAUCGGCACCAUGUUCCUCCGGGAGACCAGCCUAUGAGGCCAGCUGCAGAUCAAAGACUCGACAAAAAAGCACAAGCCCAGAACUGGGUCAUGACAGGGGAGUUGGAGGUUCUUUGUGUUUCACUGCCUUCUUCUGAACAGGCAGUGAAAAGCUCCAUGUAAUGUCAGGCAAUAAUCAUUUUAAAAGGUGGGUAACUGCUGUCAGUAAACAAAGUGGAGAUAGGGAAAAAAUAUUUAAAAAUGUACUUCCGCUUCCAGAGGAAUUUCUUUCAUAAACUUCAGUCUGGCCCCUCUAUGGCAAACAAAACAACAAAACAAAACCCCAACUCUCAAAUUGGAGGUUGGUCUUGUUUUGUGCAGAAAGGAUGAUGGUUCUCUGUAGAUUUGCACCAGCUAAGCAGAAUUGAGAGUCAGUUCUGAUUAUGCAUUCCUAUAUUUAAUGUGUUCUUCAGUAAGGUAAUGAUGUUUUUUAACUUUAUGAACAAGCAUUUCAUACAUAUACUGUAGAGCUAUUGUAACCUUCCUGGCAGGAGGAAUUAUGACUCAAUACAAAUAUUGUAGGAAUUUUACCUAUUUUUAUACAUAUUUCACUUUCUGGAUAAUUACAUUCCACAUACUGUAAGUUGAGUGAGCUUAGAUAGCUUUCCAGAAGAAGUUACUGUAUAUUUCAUACAUUCUACCUAUCAAACCUUAUUGUUAUACAAGUGGGAAGAAGGCAUUUCUUGACUUUUUUGGCAACAAAAAAUCAGUAUUUACAGAAUAAAAACCCCACUUUGGUCAAUCACUUUAACUGGUUUUUAUGCUAAAGCUUUAGAUGAGCACUGUCUUCUUAUAUAAAAUAAUGUUCAGUAUUUGUCCUACAGUUUUGUAUGUCCAGUCCUUCCAGGACAAUGUAAACAAAGAGCAGAAGGUCAAUGUGUGGACAAACAGAAAUGGGACUUUUUUUCCCUCUAAACUGUCAGCCAAACUGAUUUUCAGUAGAAGCCCUUAACUCCUCUAAAAAUUUGGUCUUGUGAAAACUUAUUCUGAGGAAUCCCAGCAGACACUGGAAGCUCUCUGGAUGCUGGUUUUCCAUAUUUUUUCAUAGGACUUGUGCUCCUAAUCGAGAUUGAUUAUUGAAAAUCCAUUCUGUUAAUAAUGAUGGCUCAUUUGGAAACUUGGAUUGGCUGAAGGUCCCCUGCUUUAUCUGGUGAAGAUCAAAAAAACACCAAAAAAGGGAAAGGCAGUACUUUCCCAGGUUUAAUGCAAAUGGCAGUUCAAGAUUUUUGUUAGUCCAAGACAAUAAAAUUUUUACAAAAAGGCCAAUUCUUUGCUGUUGAAAAUUAAUAUAGUAUUAUUGUCUUCAUUUACUCAAAUUUGAGCAAGAUGUGUAUCUGGCACAUUUUCAGACAUUGCUUAAUUCUCAGGUUUUCUUUUUCAAAAGUAAUGGUGGUCAGUUAUCCUGUGUGGGUGUGCUGCCUUGGAUCAUACUGGGGUGGGGGAUAUUGUGGGCUUGCAAUUGUUAGUUAAAAUCUGUGCUGUGAUUCCAGAGUAGCUUAGCUGUAUGUGAGCCUUUAAUCACUUUAAUCAAAGGUAAGACUCAGCAGCAACUAGAAGGCAUGAGAAACUCUGCAUUUCUCUAAUCCAGAACAGAAAUGAGCUUGCUUAUGGAUUUAGUAGUCAUAACAUGAGGCACCUCUUGAAAAUAAGUAAAUAACUUUCACCACAUUUUGAGAUUAUCCAGCUGGAUCUUUCUGUGAAGGGAAUGACAGUUCUCUGUUUCUGCCCUUUUACCAGUAGCCCCUGUGAAUCAGCAUGGCAAUCUAGCCUGUGCUGAAUAUGUUUCAGGCUUCCUUUCCAUGAAGCCUUUCUGGAUGAGAAAGAACUGUCUUGGACCUUUUCAGACUUCAGCAUAUAGAGAACAUCUGAACUUACUGUGCAAGGGUGAGUUUUUCCUUGCCUGAGAGGGUAGAUGUAUGGGAAUUAGCCCAGAAACUUAUUUUAAUGCAAAUUCCCUCACUUUCUGCUGGGAUACUGAUGUUAAAGAUUUCUUCCAUUGGUAUUAAAGCAUUCUUGGGAUUAGAGGAGUUAUUUUUUUUCUACCUUGAUAAACAGCAUAUGGACUUCUGUGGCCUAUCUGAAAAAUGAGUUACAAAAACUGUUCAAGCUUGAGGUUGUGAAAUUUCCAUCCAAACUACAGAUCUGAGAAGUUCCUGCACAGGAUGACAAGUUUUAGCCUAUAGCCAUUAGUUUGCACACACACAGGAUGUAGCAUGCAUUUUUUACCCUGGGAACACCAGUGAGAUGUGUAAGAAUCGUAAAUGGAUCAAAGUUCAUGUUUCACCACUGAAAGAGGAAUGCCACUUCCCAGCUAAUAAAUCCAUAGUUGUGAUGUCAUGACUUAGUUCCCUAGAGUGAAUUUUUUUCCAAAUAGCCAUUAGUAGAUUUAGAUUUCAGUCUGACUUCUCUGGCACAUCUUCAUUGUUCAGUAGGUGCUGAUGUCAGAGUCCCAACCUCUCUGGCCAAGCUCUUUUUCUCUUCUUACCACCCACAGUUCUGUGUGAAGACUACAAAUGUAGAGGUUUAGACCAAAAGCUUGUAGUUCAAUAACUUGUCUCUUACAGCUGCCAAUAAGAAAUGUCUAGGUUAAUUCUGUACCUGAUCUAGAUCAACGGAAACAUUUUUCAUAGUAAAUGAUGGAUAAAUGCUAGUUUUACUGGCAAAUUGGAGUAGCAAUCAAAACCAGUUUGUAUCACCAUCCUUAUGCUCUCAGAGACUUUUUGUCGUAUAAAGAAAUCUAAAAUCAGAGAUCUGUGUGAGAACUGAAAAUUGAUAUUAGUAUCACCCUGAAUACAUUGACAGUGUUUGCAAAUCAUCAUCUAUUUCCCCAAAUUAGAGUACACUGACUGUAUAAAAAUAUGCAGUCUUUGUUUUUCAUAAGCUUAUGUAAAGGUAACAUAUCUAGAACUGCAGCACAGAUGCUAAGUAUUGUGUUAUUUGUGUUAUGAUGAAGCAUCUUAAUGAAAAUAGUGUGGGCCCUCUGGGGACAUUUUUCUAUGUCAACGUGAGGAAAGCAUAAAACCAAUUCUCAGCACUUACUAAAUUAGUAGUUGCAUCUGCUGCCUUUUGUAUUAGGUUGCAAGCUUAUUUUAUUGGGCCCCUUUACAAGGUUAAAUGAAACUUAUUAUCAAGAUUGAUGUUUUCAUGUCAAUUAGGUGGUAGUCAGACAACAUUUCUCCAAUAACCCUUACUUUUAGUGAUAGGGAAAAGGUUCUCAUUUUCCUGGAGUUGUCUUGAUAAAUAGAAAGAUUCUCAGAAUUUUGUACCUUGAGGUGAUGAGGUAGAGAGGUUAGAGGUGCUGAAAUGGUUAUAGAAAUCAUAUACUCUAGCUGGAAUUUUCUUUCAGCUUUUUACAUCCUGAAACAGAUGAUCUUUGAUUCCUCUAGGUAAGAAUUUACAUUCUGUGUUUCUUCACGUAGCUGCAAGUAGCCACAUUUUCUGUCUUGAGUUUCUGUGCAGAACAAAUCCACCCUCUCUGAAGAGAGGGGGAUCUAUUUUGUAUUGCAUGUACAAGGCAAAGGGAAGGUGAUGUGAGGAGCCCUCCUAACUGGGUCCAUCAAUCUCUUUGUGGAUGGUUUCUUGUACAAAAAUAAGGAGGCCAAAGUAAAGAGAGUCCACAAUCAUUUCCCCAGAACACUUUUAACAGAUCUUGUGUCAGAUUUUUUCCAUCUGCUUGAAGCUCCCCAUCACACAGGCUUUUCUGUUAUGCAGUUCAUAGAGAUCAUGAACUCAGAGCAAAAAGGAAAUAGUGAUGAAGUGGUAGGGUGGUGCAUAAAUUAUGUUCUGCAUCCCUCUGGUAAAAUUUGCCAUUCAAAGACAAAAGCCUCUGCAUGGGAGAAUUACUGCUAAGCCAGGACUCUGAAAGUGUGGUUUUCUUGCAGGAUCCCAAAGGAUAUUUCAUUUUUAAUUCCAAGGAGCCAAUAGUCAUUAACUGUGAUUGUGGUUUUGGCUUCUCUGCUCAUUCCCACAUACAGUUUCAGAUCUGAGUGUUUUGAAGCCUGGAAACAUGCCUCUGCAAACAGAAAACCAAAGCUCUUAAAACCUUGGAAGUCUUGUAUGGGAAUUGCCUGUUUUGAAGAAAUCCUUGUGAUUGAGUCAUUAAGAGUCUGUGGCAGUUCAUGUGUGUGCACAUACCAUUUCACAGUGCUAUCUCCUCCUGUCCUUACAGUGUUCCCUACCCAGCCCAAUAGCAGCAUUGGGCAUGUUUAACUUCCAUUUUUCCUGUGUAAAGCAAGCAGUGGAAAACCAUGACACACUGCAUGCGUUUAAAAGUAUCAGCAUUGUGCUAAGAUGUAAACUCUGAUAAGCAAUUUCACAUUGUGUGUUUCUUGCCCUGAAUAGAUCCUUCUCUCAGGCAAUUUAAAAAUGAAUGGGCAAAAAAUAGCACCCAAAACUGCUGUGUUGAAUUGCAAAUGAGUCUGAGACCUGCACUGGUUGUUAGGGCAAGUUGAAUUGCUGGACAGCUUUCUGAUUCUUCAGCUGCCACAAGCUGUCACAUGUACAUGCUUCAUGUAGAUGGUCCUGUCCAGCAGCAGCAUUCUAAACUUAGAACAUCUGAGUUUUCCUCUUCUAGUCUCACCUCUGCUGAGUGCUCAGAGCUCACUGAGGAGAGCUAGUUCCCUGUCCAAAUGCCGUCUCAGAGCUUCUGGCUUCCUUUCUGGAUUCUGGUGAUCUUUUGCAAAAUUGUGCAUGUGUAGUAUUGGAAAUAGCAGUGUGCUUAAAUUAGCAACAAAACAAGAAGCUUAAAAAAGCUUGUCAAACUCAGAGACAGUUGGUUCCUUUCCCUCAAGGUAAUACAUUAUUCAUAAUGCUGUGCAGGAUUGAGGGUGCCAGUGACAGGAGAGGCUAUGGAUGAAUUGAAGAUGCUGAGUGUGCAGUAGACUCAACAAUUAGGAGUUGAUCGGCUUCUGCUACUGUUAAUAAUUCCAUCAUCUUGCAUGCUAUGUCCUGCUCUUGGUCAGGGUUCUGCUCUCCAAAAGACCUCCACUUUCCUUCCCUUAGCACACUGUAUAUGACGUGGUGAAUAAUUCCUACUGUUGUUCUAAUUAUCAUAUACUGUUGACAUGGCUGCUUAUAUCUAAAGAAAAACUGGGGUUAAAGGGCUGAUCUUACUCUUCUUGCAGCAAAGACAAAACUGCUGCAGUGACAAAGCAAACACUCACAUCCUUGGAGAGGGAAAAGACCACAGUGCAAGUUAUCACUGGUGGGUUUGGGUGAACUCAGUGCAUUAAUAGCCCGUGGCAUGCUUUUAGCUUCAACAAGCACCAAAUUUAUCUGUGUGGAUAGGAGUUACUCCUUAACGACGCUAUUAAUUUGCAAUGCAUGAGUAGGCUUACAACAAAAAUCUGUGAAGUGUUUAACCUCAUAUACAUGAUUGAUCUUUUGUGGCUUGGCUGUUAAUCAUGCUUGAAAGCAAGAGAAACAGUGAAACUGAGGAAUGCAGCAAUUCAGUCACAGGCAAUGGAUCAUUCACUUCUGCAGAUGCUAACUUGCUCCUGUGGCUUAGAAAGGUUGACCUCCAGUUAUCUGUGGUCCAGGUUAGUGUCACUAUAGCAACAAAAUGGCCUCUGAAAACAUCAUGAGGCAUCUCAGCCUGCUUCCCUCUGGGCUGGGGUUCACAUUAGAGAGCCCAGUACAACAUGUGAUGCAAAGUGGCAACUUUGCUGGCAGACUUAACAAAAGGAUCAAUGGAGGCAGAUGUUAAACCAGCUGUUUGCUCCAGGGAUUUUAGUUUCCAAAGGCAGAGUGAGGCUGAACGUGUUUUAAUUCGGACAAGAAGAGAGGAUUUCAGAGAAACAAGUGUCUUCCCUGGCUAGCAAGGAGGCAGUGGAAUUAACAUGAAACCAGAGGGACAUGCAGAUUACCUUGGCUGCAGCAGCUCCUUCAGCUGUCUGGCCCUCUUUGGCAUCCAGCAAUCAAGUUUCUUUUGAAAACUGGAGGACAGGUAAGCACUUCAGGCCCUUGUCCCCUCUGCUUUAGAAAGAGAAUGAGGCUCCCUAAGUUCUUGAGUGUGCUUAACUUUCUCAGUGACCACAGAUGGCAAACUUAGACUAGACAUCUGUCUUUUAAGAUGUCCAAGAUAAGUGAGACUGAUCCCACUGAAUUACAUUCUUUUCAGCCCAAGUGCUGUGUCUCAGAUCUUCUGUUGUGCUGCUUUCCAGAAUCUUGCACUGGUCAAAAUAAAUUGAAUCAAACUAAGUGUCAGAGGGAUAGAUAAGCAUAUUCUAGGAUAAAUAAAAUGAUACCACUGUAGCCAUGGUGACUGGAACAAAUGUGGGCUACUGCAGUUUUGCAAAUCCCUCCUCGUGUCUGAACCCUCCCUUUGCAUAUGAUACCAGCACUGCCAAUCACACCUCUGGGAUGCCAUUAGGAGUGUGAUUUAGAAAAGGGUUUUGAGCUUUGAGCCCCUAGCUCAGUUAUGCAGAACCUGUGUGCCACGUUCACCUGUACUGUAUGCCAGAAUGCCUGCAUAAACAUGAUCCUGUAGUCAAGGUGGUAAUAACAUAAAUGGAUUCUAAAGAACAGAGAGAUAGUUGCUAGGUUAUCAUUAACACACAUUUUUUGUGCUUUUGUGAAUUUGUAGGCCCAAAAUUAUCUUUUCAUUAGCAAAAGGUCUCACAUUGAGCUACUUGUUUUCUAGGUAAUUAUUCUGUAGCAAUACUCUCUAAUGACUACUCUUGAAGCAAUAAAGAAAGCCAUGCUAAUCUCUUCUGUGUAGGCUCCUGUGCAACACCUAUCACCUUAACAAACUUCUUUUCAGUAGGACAUUAAAUGGCAGAAUAACACCCUGACAUGUACUGUUUGUCCUUCCAUCCUCUUCCUCAGAGGAGAAGAGCAUAUAAUGGGAUAGUUUGAUUUCUUGAGGUGGUGUUUUUUUGUUAGUUUUCUAAAAGUAUAUGUUGCUACUUACUUAAAUAAAGAAGAGCAGAAUCAGAAUUAUAGACCAGAAUUAGGAAAGAGCUUUGGAUUUAAACAGUAUUUUAAAAGACUGCCCACUGAGUAAGACUAGUCUCACAUCCUAGAAACAUGGGAAGAAGUGUGGGUAAUAGAUGUAAGAUAUACCCGGGAAUGAUAAAUAGGAGUAAUAAACCAAGAAGGUUUAUGCAAUGGAUGACUUCUGUGUAAUACACAACAGUAAAUAGAUGCUAAAACUGAUUAAUACCCACAGAGGGCAAAUACUGUUUAAUCAAUUUUGGCAUUUGUUUAUUACCAUUACAUCCCUAAGGUAUUAUUUUUUCCUUCCCUAAUGAGAUUAGAACAUACUGUUAAAUCAAUAUCAGAGUUUCUGAACUUAUUGCAAGCUUGGGAAUAAAUAACCAUCAAGGAGAGAUUUUUUUAGAUGUGAGCCAUUGCAUGAGAGAACAGAUCAUGUGGAAAAGAAAAAGGAGGUACUGACAGAUAUAUUUAUUUUAGAAAUUUCUAUGGCACUUCUGAUUGAUUAAAAUAAUUCUAAAACUGUGCACUGAAAGCAGGGAUUCCCAGUUCAGAUUAUUUGCAUUUCCUAUGAAGAAGCAGGUAAAAUUUUUAAAGUCACAUUAAGGGGCAUACUUCUCAAUUCUAUUUUCUCUGCUUAAACACAACCUCUUUUUGAAAGUUGAAUCUUACUUUGCUGAAUGAUCCUGAGGUUCUAAAUGCCUAAAUAAGUUUUGGAAAUGUGGUUUAGAAAUCCCCCUUCUAAGUUAAGUCACAUGAGCUUGUCAGUAUUUAGGUGUGUAAACAUUCCUCUCUGGAAACUUCUUGUAGGUCCUGCAAGUGUAUAAAUAAGAAGCAUCUGAAGAAAGUGAAGUUUGUGUGUAGGAGAGGGCAGCUGUACAUAGAUGUGUUGCUAAUGUUAGCUUUCAUCUAUCUGGAAGCUGGAUGGUGCAGAGAUUAUUCAUACAAAGUGCAAGAAAGUAUUGCACAUAGUGUCAUGAACUCUGAGGGUGUAAGGUUGAAUUUUAGAGUCUAUAAUCCUUACAGUUUUAAUGGAAUUGCAUGAGAAAUGCAUGAUUUUUGAGUUUUUUAUUUUAAGUUAGUGUUGAAUACCUACUUACAGAGAAAAAUUGUGGGGGGGAAAAGAAUAUCUAGAAAGUCUAAAUGCAAAACACAAAGAGUGUCCUGCUUUUAUGUAUUAUUUGGCUUUUCUGGAAUUAGAAGUACUCCAUGAGUUUCAAUACUGAACACAAAACUAGAUAUAAAACAGGGCAAGUGGGUACUUUGCCAACUGGAAAUUUGGAGGUGGUAGUAAGAAUGUCUUUUUAAAAGUAUAUAGGGAUAAAUGUUAGCACUUUAAAAAAAAUGGAGACUGCUUUGCUCUGCAAGUAUUGUUUAGAAAUACCUAAUCAGAAAGAAAGCUUGGAAUACUGUUGCAUCAUAAUAAAAAGGUACAAAGUCUAUGAGAUAAUCUGCAGUUCACAUCCUUCCUUCAUAAACAGUCCUCUAUAUGGAGUUUUCAAAUGCACGUUCAACCAAGAGUUGUCUGUAGUAAAUUUCCAAGGAAGUAGUAUCUUACCCAGCAGCUUCUGCAGAAAAGCCAUGCAGAUCAUGUUGGGUAAGGCCAAAAUUUAACUCAGUUGUUUAGAGCUUAGUAAGAAAUACAGAGGCAUCCCAAAGCCAAGUUUAAACGUGCUUACUGACAGGACAGCAUUGUGCUUUUUAUUGAAGUCUAAACAAAACCCAUUCUAGACAAAACUCCCAUCCUAAUACAUGACA